GUCUAGUGUUAGCCGUAUAAAAGGCGGCCGAUCAUCCAUCGUCUGUAAUUUUCACCAUAUGCGAUCACUCAUAUCUCUAUUACCCCAUUGCCUCAUGCAUCCUUAUACAACGGAGCAUCUAAUAUUUAAUACACAGCCGUAUAGGCGACUUCACACUAUCGUCAACUUAUGACGAUUCAUAUCUUUAUACCCCGACUUCGAUUUCUAAAUAUUACUCUCCUUAACCCUCUAUACACCUGCCAUCCCGCUCGAGUAUAAUAUACUCGACUUAUCGAGCUUACCGAAACCUGGAGAAUACCAUAAUAUACCCGAUAAAUUGUUAGGCCGUCAACCAGUAAACAUAUUAAAUCAACUGAAGUCAUGGCGAGUUCCCUGACACAGCUGGGUGUCCAGUACAUGCCGUCAACAGGAGGAUGUAUGGUUGAUUUGGCUGCCCUACCCUCCCACCUGUUCGACUCUUGCAGCACCUUUCAUAUCCGCAUUCCAGAUGUCCAACCACUCGUCGAUAUCCAGCCAAAUAUGAUCUGCAUUAAACCAAGCCAACCGGCUCCAGGCCCGAACGCCGCUAUCUACCGCGAGCAGUACAUGUAUCCGAAUGUGGUAGUGCCAACCGACCUUCCUCACGCCGCGCCGCCGAAGAACCACCACAAGCAACAACCGCCACCAUCAUUCGACGGCCCAGAGAGCCCGAAAGGUUCUCCUCCGAAUCAUGCGCCAAAACCGUAUGAUGUUAAGUCUGCGAGCCCACAUGAGUCGAGCAAUUCACAUGACGAGAAAGCGCCGACUCUAGAACGGACUUUGGUGAAGACGACUCAUUGGUCUACUUUGACCGCGACCCAUACCGCUUCUCCAAGCCCACCUGCACCUCCAUCUCCUCACGCCACGCACGUCUUACAGUCAACUGCGGGUGUAGCGACUACUUCUUGCACCACCCACCUGAAAGGUUUCUCAACUUCGACCAUCGUCCACAUCCCCGCGCCAUCUACGCUAACCACAAGGAUCAUACUCUCAUCGGCACCACCGCCUAGUCCCCAACCAGAACCCUCCCACCCCGCAGUCGUACCCCCACCGUUUCCCCUUCCGGAACCAGAACCGGUCCCAGAACCGGAAGUAGCGGGCCCUGUUCCAAUUCCGUUGCCGCAUCCGAUCCCUCACCCGCACCCCAUUCCCCAUCCUCACCCCAUCCCUCAUCCUCAUCCGGAACCCCUAUUCCCUGCCCCUCACCCUCACCCUCACCCCCACCCUCACCUACCCCCUACCCCAGAGUUCUGCGGCCAGUCGUACUUCAAAACCGACGUAACGCACAUCUCCACGCUCGACCCGCACGACCUAGACCGGUACCUCACACUCCUCGGGGUCGGGGACGCGGGGCCGGACUUCGACAACAACAACCGAUCGGGCUCGGGGCCGGGGCCGGACCUGGAGCACGGCGUCCGGGGGCUCCUGGAGUCGCUGCUCGGGGGCGCGGUGGACGACGACGCGAGCUCGAGUGGUCGAGCUGUGGAGCGCGGAGGCGGGGGCGGGGACCGGGGAGGCGUCUAUCCGCUCGGCGGGCUCGCGGGCGGAGUGCGUCCAGGAGUGCGAGAGGCGCGCGAUCGGGCUGGCGGCGGGGGGGGGGGGCAGGGUCGCGGAGUGUCCGGGGGCGGCGUGGAGCGGGAGCUUGGAGAGGGAUAA